AGAAAGACAUGUCAAAAAGUGUAUUUGUUGGAAAUAUACCCUAUGAAGCUAAUGAACAAGAUUUAAUAGAUAUAUUUUCAGGAGCCGGUAAAGUUGUAUCAUUUAGGUUAUUGGAAGAUAAAGAAAAGAAUAAAUUAAGAGGAUAUGGUUUUUGCGAAUAUGAAAAUGCAGAAAGUGCAUUAAGUGCUAUUAGGAAUAAUAUGUUGUAAAAUAAUUAUAAAUUACUUUUUAUUUUAAAUCAUCAUCAAACUAUAAUAAUAUAGCAAUAAUAAUAGCAAUAGAAUUGUUUGUUUACAUGAUAAAGAGUAGUUUAAAAAUAAAUAAUCAGUAAUAGAGAUUAUAUAAAAAUCUAUUAUUUAUUUUAUUCAAACUUUAUCAUAUUUUUGUUUAUGUAAUAGCCUUUAUUUAUAUUAUAGAUUAUAUGCAACAGAGAUUGACAGCAAAUCUUUUGACAGAAACGAUUUUAAAUUAACUUUUGUUUAGUCACAAUAGAGGCAUAUUAUUAUUAUCAAUUAUCACUGAUU